GUACAUGCGUAUCGGUAUAACGAUCGUUACUACGUUCAGGAUUUAUUAUUCCGUCGACGCGAUCCCGUUGUGAAAUACAAUAUCGUCUGUUAUUUUUAUUUUUGUUGUUGUUUACCGUAUAUCACGGAUCUGUUGUGGGUGAUGGGUAUUGAAUAUUAGGGUCGGGGUAAUGUUUUGCUGUUUUCCCAUUCGAGCGCAAUGUGCUCAAAAUUGAUCCAGUCCGCUUACAUCAGAACGUGACAAACGCGUCCCGAAAGUUCUAAACUCAGUGGUGACUACGGCCACAACAAGCAACAGUAGCAAUGUCCAACAAGCGAGUGUUUUACUUCUACAACCCAGACGUGGGUAACUUCCACUACGGACCCGCGCAUCCGAUGAAGCCACACCGUCUGUCGGUCAUACACAGCUUGGUGCUGAACUACGGGCUUUACAACAAAAUGAAAAUCUACCGUCCUUACAGAGCCAGCGCGCACGACAUGUGUAGGUUUCACCACGACGAGUAUAUCGAGUUCCUGCAGCGUGUGACGCCUCAAAAUCUCACUACAUACAGCAAGUAUUUGAACCACUUCAACGUAGGCGAGGACUGUCCCGUGUUUGAGGGCCUAUAUGAUUUCUGUUCCAUGUACACGGGUGCAUCGUUGGAUGGUGCGAUGAAGCUUAACAAGAACUGUUGCGACAUUGCCAUCAAUUGGUCUGGGGGGCUCCAUCAUGCCAAGAAGUUUGAAGCUUCCGGUUUCUGUUAUGUGAAUGAUAUUGUGAUAGCCAUUUUAGAACUGUUGAAGUAUCAUCCUCGAGUCUUGUACAUUGACAUUGACGUACAUCACGGUGAUGGUGUCCAAGAAGCUUUUUACCUAACAGAUAGAGUUAUGACUGUAUCUUUUCAUAAAUAUGGUAAUUGGUUUUUCCCUGGCACUGGUGACAUGUAUGAAAUCGGAGCGGAUGUUGGGCGAUAUUAUUCUGUAAAUGUGCCAUUAAAAGAAGGCAUUGAUGAUUUAAGUUAUUCACAGGUGUUUAAACCUGUGAUUCAACAUGUAAUGGAUCUUUAUCAACCCACAGCAAUAGUUCUUCAAUGUGGUGCUGAUUCUUUAAAUGGUGAUCGUUUGGGUUGUUUUAAUCUCAGUACGAAAGGCCAUGGUGAAUGUGUUAAAUUCAUAAAAGAUCUCAAUGUACCUCUUCUGACAGUUGGUGGUGGAGGUUAUACUUUAAGAAAUGUUGCUCGUUGUUGGACUUAUGAAACAUCUCUUUUGAUCAAUGAAGACAUUAGCAACACAAUUCCUGAACAUGAAUAUCGUGAUUAUUUUGCUCCUGACUUUUUAUUACACCCUGAAGUUGUAACUCGCCAGGAAAAUGCCAAUAGUAAACAAUACUUGGAACUUAUUGUUAAGCAUACUUAUGAUAAUCUAAAAAUGGUACAGCACUCUCCUAGUGUACAGAUUCAAAAUGUCCCUGGCGAUGCUCUUCCUACUGAGGAAGUUAAUGCAAUUGCUUUAGACGAAAUUGAUCCAGAUGUACGGCAAUCACAAAUUGAACUUGAUCGAAGAGUUGAUGCACCAAAUGAAUUUUACCAAGAUGACAAAGAUCAAGAUUUUGAUGAGGCCAGAUAGAGAGCGGAUCCAUGGGGAGAGGACAUUGGGACGAAGGCCCUCUCCAGGCUUUUCAAGAAUUAAAAAUUGUUAUUACAUUUUUGUCCUUGUGAACUGUAAAAUUCCGAUUAUUUAAUUAGAUACCUACCUAAUAAU